UCAACCCGAAGAGCGAAUUUCAGAGCAUAUGAAAUCGAAAUCACAAUUUUCUUCGAACUCAUCCUCUUCCUUCGUCUUCUCCACUCUCCUCCUUUUCUCCUUCUUCGCAAUCUCCGAAAUGGCCACCCUCGGCGGCAUCCGCGACUCCCCCGCCGGCUCCCAGAACAGCCUCGAAACCGAGUCCCUCGGCCGCUUCGCCGUCGACGACCACAACAAGAAGCAGAAUGGUGUGCUGGAGUUCGUCCGGGUGGUGAAGGCCAAGGAGCAGGUGGUGGCUGGCACUCUGCACCAUCUGGUGGUGGAGGCCAUCGACGGCGGGAAGAAGAAGCUUUACGAAGCCAAGGUAUGGGUCAAGCCUUGGUUGGGGUUUAAGGAGGUUCAGGAGUUCAAGCACGCUGAUGAACCUGAAGCUGUCUCUGAAGCGCCGUUGAUUACCUCUUGUGAUUUGGGGGUUAAGCAAGGUGGGCAUGCUCCGGGGUGGCAAGAUGUGCAGCCUCAUGAUCCUCAAGUUCAAGAUGCAGCUCACCAUGCUGUGAAGAGCCUUCAGCAGAGGUCGAAUUCGUUGUUCCCCUAUGAGCUGCAAGAGAUUGUCCAUGCUAAGGCUGAGGUGAUAGAAGACCAUGCCAAGUUUAACAUGCUUCUGAAGCUGAAGAGGGGAGACAAAGAAGAGAAAUACAAAGUUGAAGUCCACAAGAACAAUGAAGGUGCCUACAAUCUGAACCAGAUGGAGGCAGAGCACUGAUUAUAGAGAGCUUUCUAGCUUCCGAUCAUAUAAGAACCGGAUACAUGUUCUGCUUUUGUUAUUUGUAUUUCCACUUAAACUCCCGGAACAAUCUUCUCGCUUAUUAUCUAUAGCAGCUUUCUAUGUGUA